AUUCGUCAAUCUUAAUUCUCUCAUCUCCGGUCCCACACCCGCAGUCGCCUUUGUCCUUCUCCUUCCUACAAAUCCCAUGGUAACCAAACCACCUCACUUCUGUGAGUGUGAGUGUGAGUGAGCAAGCAACCCAAGCUAGCUCAUAAACAUACAAAUUAAAAGCCAUGGAGAUGAACGCCGACCACCACUGGAACUUCCAUGGCGAUGAACACCUCAACAAACUCUCCAUUUCAGUCCGUGGCUCUCUUAAUCUCAUCUCUAGCCAUCGCAAUUCUGAUGAUCCUCGCCCCAUCAUUGCUUUUGGCCGUGCUGACCCUUCUGCUUACCCUUCCUUUCACACCUCUCCCUUAAUCGUUGAAUCCCUUGUUAACGCCGUCCAAUCCUUUAAAUUCAACUCUUAUCCUUCCACGCAUGGCCUUCUACCUGCCAGGAGGGCAUUGGCAGAAUAUUAUUCCAACAGUCUCCCAUACCAGUUAUCCCCUAAUGAAGUAUUUCUCACUGUUGGUUGCACACAAGCCAUUGAAAUCAUAAUAUCAGUGCUAGCUCGAUCACCCGAUGCCAACAUCUUGCUCCCUAGACCAUCUUAUCCGCACUACCAAACUCGAGCAGCUUUUGGACACCUUGAAGUUCGGAAUUUUGAUCUCUUACCAGAUAAAGGUUGGGAGGUUGACCUUGAAGCUGUGAAAACUCUUGCAGAUAGCAAUACUAUUGCUAUAGUUAUUAUCAAUCCCAACAACCCCUGUGGCAGUGUGUAUACGUACCAGCAUCUGAAAGAGAUUGCAGAAACAGCGAGGAAACUUGGGAUUUUUGUAAUAGCUGAUGAAGUUUAUGCGCAUAUGGCUUUUGGCAACAAGCCCUUUGUGCCAAUGGGAGUGUUUGGAUCCAUUGUUCCAGUGCUAACCCUUGGAUCUCUAUCAAAGAAAUGGUCUGUUCCAGGAUGGAGAUUCGGUUGGAUUUUAGUCACGGAUCCAAAUGGCAUCCUGGAAAAGAAUGGGAUUCUAGAGAACAUUAAGAACUGUCUGGACAUUUCACCCGAUCCCCCAACCUGCAUUCAGGGUGCAAUCCCACAAAUUCUUGCAAAAACAAGCGAUGAAUAUGUUUCAGGUCUUCUUGAUUUACUGAGAACAAAUGCAGAUAUUUUGUAUGAGAAGAUCAAUGAGAUUCCCUGUUUGACUUGCCCAAACAAACCAGAAGGAUCAAUGCUUGCAAUGGUGAAGCUGAAUCUAGAACAACUUGAAGGCAUAAAGAAUGAGAUGGACUUCUGCAUCAAGCUGAUGAAGGAAGAAUCUGUGCUCAUUCUCCCUGGUCUUGCUGUUGGGAUGAAGAAUUGGCUGCGAUUUAGCUUUGGGAUGGAGCGUAGUUCCAUUGAAGAUGGCGUGGCAAGGAUGAAAGCCUUCUACAAAAGGCAUGCUAAAGGCAGCAACCAUAUGGCCUGAUGAUAAGUUUAAGUUGCUGCUCAUCGUUUAUUUUAUGUCUUCAAUGCAUCGACAACUUCCAGUAGUUGAUUAGUCCUUUGUCUUAGCUGAAGGUUUAUGUCCUGUUUCAAUCAAUAUGAAAUAAGUGAGACUAGUAGAGUAGACAUAAAUUAGUAGGAAAAUGAAGUGUGUUCAUAGUGGGCAAAGUUGAAAUCCCACAUAAUAACUUUAUGUGGUGGGCAAACGUCAUGCUUUAGUUCCAAUUGUAUGGAAGUUCCGUUUAUUUUAAUCUCAGUUAUAUAUAUAAUUAGUUUAAGUGGGGUAUUUUGGUGUAAAUUUAAUAUAAUCUACGAUGUAGCAUUAGAAUUUUAUUGGAUGGUUGUUUCAUUAUGUGGUUAAAUUUGAGUA